AUGUCGACAGACUUGCUCCCAUUGGGGCUGUGGGAGAACUCCUGCUGGAGGGCCCAAUCGUUGGAUCCGGAUACCUCAAUGACCCAGAGAAAACGGCGCAAGCGUUUAUCGAAGAUCCAGUCUGGCUGCUUCAAGGCGGAGCUGGCUACCACGGCCGCCGAGGCCGUCUGUACAAGACAGGCGAUUUGGUCAGAUAUGAUGAAGACGGUAGCCUGCUCUACAUCGGGCGAAAGGAUGCUCAAGUCAAGAUCCGAGGCCAGCGCGUUGAGCUGGCCGAAAUCGAGCAUCACCUCGGACAACACAUCUCUGGAAACCCUAUUGUGGCCGCAGAGGUCAUUAUUCCUCAAGGCCAAGAUGCCAGUCCAACGUUGGCGGCUUUCAUAG